CUUGACCGUAACAAAAUAAUUGCAAAUGGCCGACAUUUAGAAGUAAACCAUACAUAGUUUGUUUCCAAAAUCGUCAAAAAGUGAUACGGAUUCUGAUACAACCGUAAAAUGCAAUCCUGAAAAACUUACAGAGUUGUUGAGGAAGAUUUCUUUCAAGUUUGAAGUGGAUAUAGACAGUUCACCAGUGAUGUCUAGUGAUACCAGUACUCAGAGUGGAACAAGACUGUCUCAAAUGGAGUACGGUAGCCUUGGUAGUGUUGCUGGUACCUCACCUCAUAUCUAUCAAUAUAAUCAACAAUCACAGCUGAGAACCAGCUUGACUGCAAAUUCAAAUCUGCCAGGAACAUCAACAGUUAGGGUUCCAAUCAAAAAUAGGUCUCUGCAACUCAGUGCUUUGUCAAAGUCUCCUGGAUUGACAGUUUUACCAAGAGAUCUUGUAAAUGCAAAAAGUGGAGAAACUGGUAACCAGUACAUUAGUUUACCUCUCCGUCUUGAAAAUAUUGGUGGAAGUGUUCAGCUGGUUCCUGCUAAAACUAGGUCUGCCGGAGACCAAACUUCUCUGAUACCUGUUGUUGUGUCAGGAAAUGAAAUUUAUCAAAUUCAGGGGGAAGGAAGUCAAAAGAAUGUUGUUCUGUUAACUAAUUCACAGGCAGGACAGUCUUCAACAUUCCCUAGCAACCAGAAUCUUAGUCUAAGUGGUUUAUUAUCUACUUCCUCCAAGGCAGAAGGAUUACAAAUACAAGUUCCUAAAGUACAGACUGGUUUUCAAGAAGUACAGACUGUGACCACUUGUGAUCAAAAUACAGGAAACGGUUCUAGUCAAAUUAUGACUGGUUCUGUAUUUUCAGUACCUAAAGGGAAAAGUACGCAGGCAGUAGCUAGUCCAGUUUAUAAAUCUAAAUUAGAAAAAGCUAUGGCACAGAACUUAUUAAUGCAGAGUUCUGCAAAAAGUUCUAUAAACAAGACUUCAGCUGUACCUUCGAUUGCACAUAAAACAAUACCAGCUUCAGUUAAUGCACCAUCAGCUGAGACAAACACGAGUUUCAUAAAAUCAGACAGGUACAUCAGUAGACCAAUACCACAACAGCCUGUCCCACAGUAUGUAAUUACUGAAGAUGAUGCUGUAAGCAGUGUUCCCUCCAAAUCAACACUGAAAGUUUCAAAAGUUGCAGAAUAUUACAAAAAUUUUGUUGCUGGCAAAGGUAUGCAGCAACAAGAAAAGCAGGCAUUCUACCAGCAGCCCAUUGAGACACAAUUAUUAUUAAAGACCAAGUCCGCACCCCAAUACUCUAUCAUUCCUGAUGAUUUUCAUAGUAACCCAAAAAUAAUGGACGUAUUUAGUAUUGCAGAUGGUGGUACUGAAAGCAACGUGGAGCUAGAAGUUGCGAGUAAUCAGGAAUUUGCUCAUUCGUCUCUUCCUACAUUUGGCAGCUUGCCUAUUGAACAGCUAGAAAUGGCUAUCAGGGAAAAAACAUACGAAGAUCAUUGUAUGGGGAAAUCUAUCCUGGAAGUGUUAUGGAGCUUCAGACAAGAUGAUCUGUAUUGUGAUGCUGUGCUUUAUGCCGGGCCAAAUGAGAUCAAGCUUCAUAAAAUAGUUCUGAUUGGUGUGAGCCCAGAAAUCCAGAAACGAGUCUUAAAGACGUUGGAACCAGAACUAAAGCUUGUGUUACCUGGCGACAUGCUGCAUGAGAAUAUCAUGACCUUUUUAUACUACAUUUACAAUGGGUUGAUUAAACUUACACUGGAGAAUGUCCAGCAGAUUUACAGAUUAUCUGGAAUAUUUGGGUUGACUCAGCUCAGUAAACACUGUUAUGACUUCUGUAAGGUGGCUAAGAUGGGACAUCUUAUCAUCGGCAGUCCUUACCAGGAGGCUGCUAAACAAAUCCAAAAGGAGACAGUGGCUACAGAACUAUUGCCGGUUAGUUUGACAGUGGACAGGUCUGUCAUUCCAACCACAGUCACUACAUCUACCUUGCUUUCGUCACCAAAACUGUUAACAAAAGCCAAACCACCUGUGAAGAAAGAAAGUCGAGAAAAUUUUGAAACCAUUAGCUCAGAAAUUGAUUGGAUGACAAAUGAUCCCUCACAGAGUAAUAUCCCAAUACGAAAAAGGGGAAGAAACAGAAAAACUGGACAAACUAACAUGAUUAAAACUACUGAAAGUGAAACUGUGAACAGAAUUGAUCAAGAAACUGUAGAAAAUGUUCAAGAAAUCAAUAAUGACAACAGUGUGACUGAAAAUACUGAACCAACGACAGAAAUCAGAAAUGCUCAUCCUAAAAAGAAUGAAGUUAAUAAAUUUGGAUUUAAUCAGUCACUGGCUGAAUAUGAAAUGUUUAUAGCAAAUGAUGAUGGUGCAAAGAGUACUGAUGACAGAAAUUUAAACAGUGGUAUAGAUACAGCAGAAGGAAGCAGGAAACAGACUGAACUGAUUGAUGAUUUUGUAGACCAUCUUACAGCCUUACCAGAUCCCCUAGUUUCUGGGAAACUUGAUGAAAAUGAACUGUUAAAAUUAAAGGAAACUGAAGAUAAAUCAAACAAAAAUAGUUCCGAAAAACUACUUACACCACACACUCCAAAUAAACCAGAAGUAAGGAGAUUUCGUGCAAGAGCAAACAUUAGUGUUGUUGAAGCGGCAUCACAAAUGAAAGCAAAGUCUAACGAUAUGAGUACAAUUUCCUCUAUAAAAAGUAGAAGAAAGAGAGUAAUGAAGAAAUCUCCAACAGGUCCUUACACAGAUAAACAGACUGGCUCAGAGAUUAAAAGACUUUUAACAAAUCCAACAAAAACUGUGACAGAAGCCGUUCCAGUUUUGGAGAAAGAAAAGGAGGCUAUAAAAACAAAAUCUGCAACUGGGCAGAAUAUUUUGAAUGCAAGUUUAAAUGAAAUUCCACCUCUGACAACUAAUAUUACAAAAGAUAUAGCAGAUAUAGAACCAACAAAGGUUGUAGAUGAAGGAAGGUUGAAAAAAGUGGUAGAGAAUUUAACAGCAAAACCAGGACAGGAAGUUAUGGAAACUGACCCUGAUGAACCGUCACCUAAAUAUCCAUCAGCACCAAAAAAAGCAAAAUUAAGGAAAUCUACUAUGGAGAAACAAGAAUUGAAGGAUACAGUGUACAUGAGACCCCCUCCGAAAAAGCGUACAAAAGAAAUCAGAGAAAUGAUGAAAAAUGAGGAAGAUGGUAAACUCAAUGGGAAAGAUUCAGAGGAAAAUUCAAAGACUUCUGAAGAGGGAAAGUUGGAUUUGAAAGAAGUUGGAAAAGAAAAUUCAACAAAGAAAGUAAAAACAAAAAGAAAAAGACCUAGAGUUAAGAAUGAUAUUGUUAUGGCAAAGGUUUAUGAAAUAGAGAAAGUUGCCGUAUCUAUUAAUUCAGAGAAGAUUUAUCGUUGUGCAUUUUGCUCUGUUGAGUUCAAGUUUGCUAAACGUGCUGUUACACAUUUAAUUGGCACUCAUGACAUUGACUUAGAUGACACACCAGACUAUGUUUCUGUUGAGAAAAAGACAGAGGACAGUAAAGAUCUGCAAGAGUGUGAUAUCUGUGGGUUUAGGCCAAAAGAAUCGGGAACAUAUUAUAUUCAUUAUCAUAAAUAUUUCAGACAUCAGAUUCCACUACCAAAAGGAUGGCAGGCAUACAAAUGUGAUCUAUGUCAUAAAGAGUUCUUCACAAAAUUUCAGUUACGUGAGCACAAACUUAUCCAUUUUGAGGAUAAUCCGUUCGUUUGCGAACAGUGCGGAAGUGGAUUUAGGUCACGUACUUGCCUCAAUAGUCAUGUAUUUCAUAAGCAUAGUUCAGUGCGCAAACACAAAUGUCCCGAAUGCCCAAAGACAUUCAAAACAGCAACGCAGAUGAAAGUUCAUCAGCGGGUUCAUACUGGCGAAAAGCCGUUCUUAUGUCCGACAGAGCAUUGUAUCUACCGAAGUACAACUCGUGGAAAUAUGAAGUUGCAUUUAACAAGCAAACACAAACUUAAUCCUGGCACUGUAAAGAGCCUUAUGGAGGCACUUGAAGCGAGUGAAGUUGGCCCAGAAUCACUUUUAUUUGAAGAAAGUUUUAACAAUGGAACAAAUAAGCAGACACUACCACGAGAAGGUGGUACAGAAUCUGGGCCUUUUGAUAUUCUUGUGCAGACUGCAGCUCUAGAGAAUAGUGAUGUCACAAGUAACCGUGAGCAAUACGUUUCUGGUCAAAUGGAAGUUAUUACUCAGGAUAAUGUUAUGGUAUCAGCAUAUAGUGGGCCAGUGCCUGUAAGUGCUCCUAUUAUGUUAAAUGCUAGAGAUUAUUCCCUUGUUAGUCAGGCAGCUGUUCAAAAUCAAGAUUUAGAUAUGGUAAUGCCAGAGGAUAACCAAAUGCUAGAAAACCAAAAUAUUCCACGUCAUGUGGAAAUGCUCAUUCAAGAUGCACAUCAGUUUAUGCAACACCAGGAUAAUCCCAAUCAGAAUCAAUAUGUUCAAGAUUUCCAGGAAAGUGCUGAAAAUGAAAUUCAAGAUAUGAGAAACAGGUUACCUGAUCAAAGCUCACUUGGUCAAACAUACGAAACACCGAGUAAUAGUAGUGGAUCACGCUUUUCCGAUAAUUCUCAGAUUCAUGGAACUCAUAAGAUUCUAGAUCCACACUCCAAGGAAGCCAGAAUGAUGAUAAGAGAAGCUUUUGAAGGGCAUGGAAGUAGGUCUCUUUUGAAGUCAGCCAUUUUGCAUGGGAACCAGGAUAGCCAAAGACUUGAGAUAGGAACCAGACAUUUGCCUGAUAAUUCAAACAUCUCAGAGUCCACAAACUUACUUAAUGAAGCUGAAAAACUUGUUAUAGAUUUACAUGAAAGUGGUAGUCACCAAAUCCCUCUUAAUCAAGAAGAUGAGGUUGUUCAGCGACUAAGGUCACAAAUUCAACAGUUACGUGAAAGUAAUGAGCAAUAUAGGGACAGUACUCCUACUGCACUUUUUAGAAAUGAACAUUCAGUACCUGAGAUCCUUCUUCAAAAUAUAACAUCACAACAACAGACAAUGGAACCAGCCCACUUCCAGGCAUACCAUCAUUCGUCUGGUUCUCCACCUGCCUAUAGUUCCUCUUCACAUGGGUUAAUCACAUUACCAGUCUCAGAUAUAGAGACACAGUCUAAUGUGACCUUAACCUCAGUUUCACAAAAUGAGACUCAAGGUCAAAUUCAUUCUUUACAGUCAUUACAAGGUCAGGGCUACACUCCUGUAGCAUCACAGUCAACAACCAAUCAGUAUGGGCCAGAUGGGGCCCUGUAUCAAGGAUAUUACCAGGAACAUUAUGAUAUUGAAAAUUACUGAGAGUUGUAACGAUCCUCGUAUAUAACCUCAACAAUCAAACUAAAUAUAAAACUUCUAGCUCCUUCCGAAGAAAGGAUAUAUUGUUUUUCUAAUUGUUGGUCUGUUAGUCGGUUGGUAGAUUAUUUGUUUUUAGAAUAAUAACAAGAGAAUCUAAGGACCAACAAUGUUCAAACUUCAUAGGGUAAUUGCAUUUGGUUGAUCGAUAACACUUUUGUUUUGGGGUCAGUACGUCAUUGGAGACUGGAAACCAUUUUGGUGCCAUAACUAGAGAAUGCUUUUGCUUACUGUUUGCAACUUUCAUAGCAUAUUUGCCUAUGGUCAGUACAUAAUCCCUAUUGUUUUGAGAGCCUGUAAGUCAAACGUGAAGGUCACCAUGAUGUAUAGACUGAAAAUGGUUUCUGCUCAAUAACUAAAGAACUCUUUGGUCUACUUCCUUCACUCUUUAUAGGAUGAUUGCCUGUAGUCGUUAAAUGACCCUUCUUAUUUUAUGGGUCAGUAGGCCAAAGGUCAAAGUCACAUUUAACUUAAGUUUCUGUUUAAUUCCUAGAAAAAUGUUGUUGCCUACUUUUUAGCUUCAUAGUUAUUGCCUGUGGUUAACACAUGACCCCUUACGUUUUUGAGUCAGUAGGUCAAAGGUCACAGUGACCUUGAAACUGAAAACAGUUCCCAGUCAAUAUGUUAAGCACCUUUCAUAGAUUGAUUGUAAUUAGGAGGUGUUCCCUAUUGUUUUUGGGAUCAGAACCUCAAGGGUCAAGUUCAUAGUGACCUUUAGAUUGAAAAUGGCUUGUGAUCAGUUACUAGAGAACACUUGGGGUCUAUUGGCCUACAAACUUUAUAAGAUGAUUACCUAUAGUCAAUAGAUGACCCUUGUUGUUUUGGGGUAUUACGUCAAAAGUCAAUGUCACAGCAUACAAAGUAACAUACAUAGUUGCAAAGGCCAUUAUGAGGGGGGAGGGUGUUUACAAACACCUUGUUUUCUAAUAAUGCAGUGUUUGAUUAGGGCUAAAUAUUUUUGAUUGACAGUUCAGGAAUUUUCUAUUGCUUUGCUGGCUUCCAUUAUAAUGUCAGUACUGGUCUAAAUGAAAAAAAAACUUCUUUAACUUGUGUUGAAAAGCUGUCUACUGUAUAAGUCACUUUAAUAGUAAAAUUUUGUUGUGAAAUAAAAGAAAUUUAUCUGAACAUUAUACUAUAUGCAUAAAACAUCAACUUCAGUAAAUGCUGGUAUAUGAUUGCUUUGUAUUUUACUGAUAUCUGUUGUAAGUAUUUGAUGAUAAUAAUGAAUUAUAUUUUCAGGUACAUCUGUAGGCAUAUUACAAAGUCUUUUCUCUUUCAUAAUGAUAAUCAAUGUGUUUAACACAGACUAAGAAAGACAAAAAAUGGUAAUGAACUACAGUAAAGACUGUCUACAGUGACCAACCUUUGGAGAAUUUCAAAAAUGUCAUUGUAGACAGGUAGUUUCUAUACACAAUCUGACUGGGAGAGGUCUUGGUUUUAGGUAAAUAAUACAUGUUCUAGUUAGCAUUUAAAACCUUAAAACUUUUAAACACUCUGCCUGCUAAAGCAUGGAAUAUUUUAAGUGAUCUUUUAAAGCAUAGUUUAAUAUAAAUUGAUUUAAAAGUUCAGUUCUGGAGAAGUUUUCUACCUUUGAGAGGGUGGUCAAAAAGUCAUUAUAAAGGUUCGAAGUUAGGAUUCAUGGUCGCUGUACGCGUCAGACGGGGUUGCUAGAAACAAGCCAAUUUUGAUAUGAAAUGAACCGGGAGGAAAUAAAAAAAGUCAUUGUAGACAGAAAGUCGCUGAAAGCAAGGGGUCGCUGAGGCAGUCUUUACUGUAUUUGUAAUCUGAUUCUUUGAAAAUGACUAGACCAUGAACUUUUUUUUAAAAUUUAUUUUGAUUGCUUAUAGCUAGUGCAUUUUCUACUAUAAUUUUCAUCAGAUACUUUUAUAAAAUUGUGUUUUUGCUUGUAUUCCUGUAAGAUUUUUAUGCUCACCGAAAUGGGCGAGCAUAUGGUUGCCGCUUUGUCCAUCCGUCACAUUUUUUUGUCAGGAGUACAACUUGAAAAGUAUUAAUGCCAUUUGAUUGAAACUUCAUAUAAUCAUAGAGGCCAUUGAGACAAAGUGCAGUGUCAAAGAAUCAUAACUCUACCUUACCUAGUUUUUGAAUUAUCUCCCUUUAUUAUACAAAAUAAGGCUUGUCAGGAGCAUUACUUGAAAAGUAUUAAUAGUAUUUCAUUGAAACUUCACAAAUUGAUAGAGGCCAUUGACGGGAAGUGCAGUGUCGAAGAACCAUUACUCUACUUUACAUAAUUUUUGAAUUUUCUCCCUUUAUUAUACAAAAUAAGGCUUGUCCGGAGUAUAACUUGAAAAGUAUUAAUGGCAUUUGAUUGAAACUUCACAUAAUCAUAGAGGCCAUUGAGACAAAGUAUCAAAGAAUCAUAACUCUACCUUACCUAGUUUUAAGUUCAUCUAUCACAUAGUGACAGGGUGAGCUUUUGUGAUCGCCUGACAUCCAUCCGUCCUUUCACACUUUCUUGUGAACACAAUGUGACAAUAGAGACCACAUUUUGCAACUGAUUUUUAUCAAACUUGCACACAACUUGUAUUGGCAUAAUAUCUCAGGGUUCCUUUCGAAAACUGGCCAGAUCCCAUCAUGGGUUCCAGAGUUUAAAGGGCCAGAAUUUGCUAUUUUUGGCUUGUGAACACGAUAGAGACCACAUUUUGCAAUUGAUUUUAAUAAAACUUGCACACAACUUAGUUUUUGAAUUAUCUCCCUUUAUUAUACAAAAAAGACUUGACCAGAGCAUUACUUGAAAAGUGUUAAUGGCGUUUCAUUGAAACUUCACAAAAUGAUAAGAGGCCAUUAUCAGGAAGUGCAGUGUCAAAGAACCAUAACUCUACCUUACCUAGUUUUUGAAUUAUCUCCCUUUAUUCAAUUUUCUUCCUUUGAUUAUCUUUAUUUAUUGUUUUUAGGUUUCAUAUAUAUUAUUCCCCAUAUUGGAACAAGCACUUGCAUCGGGGAGUAUCAUUCGUUGUUAAUGACUCCUUGUUUUUUUUUUCAUUUUCCCAUAACACAAAAAAUAUGCAAAAUAAACAAUCCAAAGCAAAUAAUAAACUCUUUAGGGUGUGUGUAUUUUUUAAUUGGUAAAAAAAGAACAAUCUCGAUUGGUUUCUAGUAAAUCGUGUUAUAACAUAUUUGUAAACAUUUAUUUUGUCUGUGUAUAAUGGAUAUGAAAAGAGGAAACAGUGUUUUAGCAUGAACUGUGUUGUUCUCAAUGUAUUAUUUGUUUAUUUAUUAUAUUUUGGUUAAAUAUUUGUUAUUUUAAUUCCUGUUAUAAUGACAUUUGUUAAUUACAGUAACAAUUUUAUGAUGUAUUCUGACAGAAAUUUGAAAAUGAUUUUUUAUUUGUUGUUACAUUGUCAGAUGAGAUGUUUCAAUUUCACAUAGAUAUAAUUAGGUGAGAACAUAAUGUGUAAUAGAUCUUACACACAACAGACAGCAUUUGCAAUGUUCUGAAUUUUGACACCACAGAUACAUAUUGAAAUAAAGAUAGAUAUCUUGCACAUAUUGGUACAUGUAUGAAAUUGCAAUCUCUAACAGACUGGAUUUAUAAUGAAAUAAAAGUACAUUGAAAUAAAAGUGCAAUUUUGAA